AUGGAUUGCAAUUCAACCUCAGCCCCAAUCGAGUCAAAAUGGCAGCAUCACAGGGAUGCAGAUGGACAAGGCAUCGAUGCAAUGGAAUUUCGAUGGAUUAUCGGGUGUCUUCGUUAUCUUCUGCAGACAAAGCCGGACCUUUCCUAUGCCACCGGGAUUGUGAGUAGAUACAUGGAAUGUCCCAUCAGAAUUCACCUCAAAGCAGUGAAGCGGAUUCUCAUGUACGUGAAUGGGAUAAUCAAUCAUAGGCUCAUGCACAACGGUGGGAAUGGUGCAAUUGAGAUCACCGGCUACACUGAUAGUGAUUUGGCCGGUGACACUGAUGACCGCCGAACCACCAGCGGGAUGGUGCUCUGCCUCAACAAUAGUUUAGUCACAUAG